AUGGCUUCGAAUAGUUCGUUAUUGGGGCGUAAGAGACCAUCAUACUCCUCUACUGUUCAAACAAGACUCAAAAGAUCAGUCGAUCAACACGAUUCUUUCUCGGACAAUUUCAAUUAUGAUAAGGAUUCAUCCAAAAAUAAAGGUAGGAUUUACGUUGGAACUUCAAAUUCAACUUCUGAGGUAUGCCCAGCAAAAAAUUCAAUUCCGGAAUCCAUUGAUAACGCAGGGUUCAAUGAUGGCAUUGACGACGAUAAUAGAAUAUUUGAAACGAUCCCUUAUUACUUGCCCUGCUUUGCAUGGCUCCCUGAGUAUACUUUCAGUAAACUGUGGGGAGACAUAAUUGCAGGCAUUUCCCUGGCGUCAUUCCAGAUACCGCUGGCGCUAUCGUACACAACUUCAAUUGCACAUGUCCCACCUCUAUGUGGCCUAUAUUCUUUGGCUAUCAGCCCAUUCGUGUAUGGUGUUUUCGGCUCUGUUCCUCAGAUGAUAGUUGGGCCAGAAAGUGCAAUUUCUUUGGUUGUAGGUCAAGCAGUUGAAUCUAUAACACUACAUAAAGACAAUGUUUCUCUAAUUGAUAUUUCAAUAGUUAUAACAUUUGUUAGUGGCGCUAUUUUACUUUUUUCUGGUAUUUCCAGAUUUGGCUUCCUAGGGAACGUUCUUAGCAAGGCACUUCUGCGAGGUUUUAUAAGUUCUGUAGGACUGGUUAUGAUUAUCAACUCUUUGAUUUCUGAAUUAAAGCUAGACAAAUUUCUAGUAAGCUUACCUCAACACUAUCAUACUCCUUUUGAAAAAAUACUUUUCCUUAUUGAUUAUGCACCAGCGCAGUACCACAUGCCAACGGCGAUAUUUAGCGGUUGCUGCUUAAUUAUCCUUUUUUUGAUGCGUCUAUUGAAGAGGAAAUUGUUGAAAUACCACAAAGGUGCAAUAUUUUUCCCAGACAUAUUAUUAGUAGUUAUUGUCACCAUUCUUAUUUCAAUGAAAUUUGAUUUAAAACACAGAUAUGGUAUAACUAUCGUUGGCGACUUCAGUAUGGAUAACUUUGAUAAAUUAAAAAACCCAUUGACUCGCUCUAGACGUAAGUUAAUACCGGAUCUUUUUAGUGCAUCCCUGAUUGUGGCAAUGUUGGGGUUUUUUGAAUCUACUACGGCAUCUAAAUCUUUGGGAACAACCUACAAUCUUACUGUCUCCUCUAAUAGAGAACUGGUAGCUUUAGGAUUCAUGAAUAUUGUCAUCUCAUUAUUCGGCGCUCUUCCUUCAUUCGGCGGAUAUGGAAGGUCUAAGAUCAAUGCCCUAUCAGGGGCACAAAGCGUAAUAUCUGGAGUUUUUGUAGGUGUUAUCACCCUAAUUACGAUGAAUUUACUUCUUCAAUUCGUGCACUAUAUUCCCAACUGUGUCUUAUCCGUUAUUACAACCGUAAUUGGAAUUAGUUUGUUAGAGGAAGUGCCUAGUGAUAUUAAGUUUCAUUUGCGAUGUGGUGGUUAUAGUGAACUUUUUGUUUUUGCUGUUACGUUUGGUGUCACAAUAUUUUACUCAAUCGAAGCUGGAAUAUGUAUUGGAUGCGUCUAUUCAAUCCUGAAUAUAAUAAAACAUUCUGCGAAGUCAAGAAUCCAAAUCUUGGCUAGAGUAGCUGGGACGUCGAACUUCACGAACCUUGAUGAUUAUUUGAUGAACAUGAAGAGGAAUCCAUUAAGUAUUGAGAAUACGGAAGAGAUUGAGGGAUGCAUGAUUGUUAGGAUACCAGAGCCUCUCACAUUUACCAAUAGUGAAGAUUUAAAGCAAAGGCUUGACAGAAUAGAGAGAUUUGGUUCGUCUAAGAUACACCCUGGAAGAAAAUCGUUUCGAUCAAAGGAUUCCAUAAAAUAUGUCAUUUUUGAUUUAGGUGGAAUGACCUCAUUAGAUUCAUCAGCUGCCCAGGUACUAGAUGAAAUUAUUACCAGUUAUAAAAGGCGCAAUGUCUUUAUUUACCUUGCGAAUGUAUCUAUUAAUGAUAAGAUAAGGACGCGAUUGUCGAAAGCAGGUGUGAUUCCCAACGUGGAAAGGGCACAGUCAAGUACGCAAGAAAAUAAUAAUGGCAAUAUAUGCAGUGACGGUCAAGAGCCGUAUUCCCCGUACUUCGAUAGUAUUGAUGCUGCUCUUUAUGAGAUUGAAAAAAUGAAAGCCAAAGGAAAUCGUAUUCUGAAUAAUGAUUCGGAAAGUUUCAUGUCUAAUACUUUAUUCAAUUCAAGUUUGGUGUAA